CAACUAUCCAGUAAGACCGAGAAAUAGACAAUUUUUUUCUUUUUUCUUUUUUAAAAAACCUAACACUUACAUAGAGCGAGAGAAGAACAGAGAAAGAGUGAGAGAGAAGGUGUAUGUUUGUGUUGUGGGCGUGUUAGAUUAUGGGAAGCACCUAUCUUUCUCCACCAGGGAAGCGUCCGAACUCGACUCUCUACUCGUCCACCACACCCUCCAUGCCCGACCCCUACUCCAUCCCCUCUAACGGUUCCUCCAAGCGCUCCAAGCACCCACCCCCACCCCUCUCCAUUCCCCCCGGCCACGUCCCCUUCCGCCUCCUCUGCCACGCCUCCCGCAUCGGUGGCAUCAUUGGUAAGUCCGGCAGCGUCAUAAAGACCCUCCAGCAGUCCACAGGCGCCAAGAUCCGGAUCGAGGACGCCCCGCCCGAUUCCCCUGACCGGGUCAUUCUCGUCAUCGCCCCUGGCGCCAUCUCCGCCAAGGUCACUCUAAAGAACAACACUGGCGCCGGCAAAGGAAACGAGUUCCUGAAUUCCGACAGUGUUGUUGAGGUCUCGAAGGCGCAGGAUGCCCUGCUGAAGGUUUUCGAGAGGAUACUGGAGGUGGCGGCAGAGAGCGAUGGCGUGGAUGUUGGGGUCGGUAUUGUGUCGUGCCGUCUUCUGGUGGAGGCGACGCAGGUAGGGUCCGUCAUUGGGAAGGGAGGUAAGGUCGUCGAGAAGAUAAGGAAAGAGAGCGGCUGCAAAAUUAGGGUUUUGACAGACAAGUUGCCGGCCUGCGCCUCACCGUCCGAAGAGAUGAUUGAGGUAGAGGGGAAUGUUUUGGCUGUAAAGAAAGCACUUGUUGCUGUCUCUCGCUGUCUUCAAGAUUGUUCACCAGGUGAUAAAACAAGGAUGAUUGGAAGCAAACCUGUGGAAGCAGUUCCCCGUGAGAAUUUACCUGACCCGCAUUUACAUUUAGAUCAUCUUCCUCAGAGAAAUCCUGGGCCACACAUGACACCAAGCAGCUCAAUCAAUUAUGCAUCAGUAGUUCAUCCAAUGUCAAUAGAGAUUGAGAGGAUUCCUGCAGUUGAAACAAGAACACUACAGCAGGACGUUAUUUUUAAGAUUCUUUGUUCCAAUGAUAGGGUUGGAGGUGUAAUUGGAAAGGGGGGUGCCAUUGUGAGGGCUCUUCAAAAUGAGACAGGUGCUACUAUAUGUGUUGGAGCGUCCAUAACUGAGUGCGAUGAACGAUUAAUUACCAUUACUGCAUCGGAGAAUCCUGAAUCACGAUAUUCCCCAGCACAGAAGGCGGUUGUUCUUGUUUUCUCUAGGUGUGUAGAGGCAGGCAUUGAAAAGGGGCAAGAUUCAGGCUCAAAUAAGGGGUCAACUGUUGCAGCACGGCUUGUUGUCCCGUCAAACCAAGUUGGUUGUUUGCUGGGAAAAGGAGGUGCAAUCAUUUCAGAGAUGCGAAAAGUUACAGGUGCUGGAAUCCGAAUAAUCGGUGGUGAACAGGUCCCAAAGUGUGUGUCAGAGAAUGAUCAAGUGGUGCAGAUUUUGGGAGAGUUUUCAAAUGUUCAAGAUGCAUUGUAUAAUGUAACUGGUAGACUGCGAGAUAACCUUUUUUCCAGCACCCAGAACAAUGUUGGAGCAAGGAGCAGUUCCUCUGUAUUAACUGAUUCCAGCCCCUAUGGAAGAAUGAGAGAUCCUGGUCCUCUUGGAAAUCAUCCAUCAGUUGGUGUCUCUCAUAGUCUUGGCCGACAUGCUACUCUAAGUCAAAGUACAGAUCCUUCAGUUGGAGCAAGGAGCAGUUCCUCUGUAUUAAGCGAUACCAGCCCCUAUGGAAGAUUGAGAGAUCCUGGAACUCUUGGAAGUCAUCCGUCAGUUGGUGUCUCUCAUAGUCUUGGUCGACAUGCUACCCUAACUCAAAGUACAGAUCCUUCAGUUGGUCUUAGUCAGAAUGCUAGUUUAAGUCAAAGUAUAGAUCAUUAUGCAAUUUCCCAUGGUUUAGACCGUCCUUCUUCACCAAGGUUAUGGACGUCACAGUCAGCAGUUGGAGUAAAUCCAAGAAGUAUCACUGAUGUUGGCAGGGGAUUGACAUCUCUUAAAGGUGGCUUAGAACUUGGCAGCGGAAGCAAAUCUGCCAUUGUGACAAAUACAACUGUAGAGAUCAUAGUUCCUGAUAAUGUUAUUAGCUCCGUGUAUGGGAAAAAUGGUAGUAAUUUAGCUCGUUUGAGACAGAUAUCGGGCGCCAAGGUCAUAGUGCACGAACCUCUUUCUGGAUCAAGUGACAGGAUUGUUGUCAUAUCUGGGACACCUGAUGAAACCCAGGCAGCUCAGAGUCUCCUCCACGCAUUCAUUCUCACUGGAUCAUCGUGAUGAAAUUUUCUCAUGCUCCCUUGGCUCAUAUUAGUUCUCAGAGAAGACAACUCCAGUUUGAUGCUUGUGUUAAUUGCUCUCUCUCUCUCUCGCUUUCUCCCCCAAAAAAAGUGCACAUUGCAAUAGGAAGAUUCGGCCCUUCUGUAUAUGCCAAUCCUGGCAUUUUUUGGGAAAAGUUGGCUCUAAUUUAACGAGUAAUCAUUCAUGGCUACUGAUUCGUAUUUUUAUGAUAGGAUCAAAAACGAUUGAAGUUGAA